GGAGAAGAGUCUCGCGAGGAUUUGAGAACCAGCGCGGGAUCGAGUCGGAGUUGCCAGGAGACAGCACAGCCUCCUCUGACCAGUGCGGGUCCCGGAGUAGUGGAGGUGCUGCACUGCUGCCAUCAUGGCACCCAAAAGGAGAGGGAAGAAAGGGAAAGCCAAAGGGAAUGCAGUCGUUGAUGGGGUCGCACCAGAGGACAUGUCCAAGGAGCAGGUGGAGGAACAUGUCGCCCGCAUCCGGGAGGAGCUGGACCGGGAGCGGGAGGAGCGCAACUACUUUCAGCUGGAGCGGGACAAAAUCCACACCUUCUGGGAGAUCACGCGGAGGCAGCUGGAGGAGAAGAAGGCUGAGCUGCGCAACAAAGACCGGGAGAUGGAGGAGGCCGAGGAGAGGCACCAGGUGGAGAUCAAGGUUUACAAGCAGAAAGUGAAGCACCUUCUGUACGAACACCAGAACAAUCUGGCAGAGGUGAAGACUGAGGGCACCGUGGUCAUGAAGCUGGCCCAGAAGGAGCACCGCGCCCAAGAGGGCGCUCUGCGCAAGGACAUGCGCGUGCUGAAAGUGGAGCUGAAGGAGCAGGAGCUGGCUAACGAGGUGGUGAUAAAGAACCUGCGUCUGAAACAAGCCGAGGAGAUUACCAAGAUGCGAAAUGACUUUGAAAGGCAAGUUCGAGAAAUCGAGGCCAAAUAUGAUAAAAAGAUGAAGAUGCUUCGAGACGAGCUUGACCUGCGGAGAAAGACUGAGAUCCACGAGGUGGAGGAGAGGAAGAACGGGCAGAUCAGUACGCUGAUGCAGCGUCAUGAGGAGGCCUUCACUGACAUCAAAAACUACUACAAUGACAUCACUCUCAACAACCUGGCCCUCAUCAAUUCCCUCAAGGAGCAGAUGGAGGAUAUGAGGAAGAAGGAGGAGUACCUGGAGAGGGAGAUGGCGGAGGUGUCUCUGCAGAACAAGCGGCUGGCUGAGCCGCUGCAGAGAGCCAAGGAGGAGAUGAGCGAGAUGCAGAAGAGACUGGGGAACCAUGAGAGGGACAAGCAGAUCCUGGCCUGUACGAAGGCACGUUUGAAGGUCACUGAGAAGGAGCUGAAGGACCUGAAGUGGGAGCAUGAGAUCCUGGAGCAGAGGUUCAUCAAGCUUUUUGAACAACGGCGUACCCUUGAGCAGCAUCCAAGAUCGAGCACACGUGGUUUCACCACCCGUCCAGCUACAGAGUUCUCCCAGCCUCUAACUCCAUGUCCAGUGAAUAUGCAUAGCUUCAGUGCCUUGGGUCCCUAGAGUUUGCUGAAAAGGCCCAUCUCUGCCUUCCCUCGCCAAAUGCUGACCGCAGAAGCACAGGGAGAAGGAAGGUGGCCCUGCUGACAGUGGGGUGUUUGGUGAUCCACCCCUUGGCUCCACCCUUACGGACAGCGACAGAACCCAAGUCAUACCCUCUAAGGUGCUCAGUGCCUGUGAAAGUCAACCUGGAUCUGACAUGGAUGGAUGUUUCAGAGGAGCCUGCUCUGGGGAAGAUGAGAUUCUCAGAUCAUGUAUGCUGGCCAAAGCCCUGGGGCCCUGGGGUGCAGGGUUGGCCUUGGCCAGAUGUUUGAAACUGCCAAGGCAGGGGAGGUAUCAGCAAGGCUAGAGGAAGACGGUGAAUCUCUGCCACUCACAGGAAUUCUCAUAACUGUAUGUUAAGUGUGCCCUGCCUAUAGUCUUGGUCUUUCACAGCACAUGUUAAUAGGAGAUGGGCAAGGAUGUCCCCGUGGUUGAUAGACACUUGCUUCAAGUUUGACCUGGACCUGCCUUGACUCUCAUCUGGGGUGGUUGGUGAUAAUGUCUCAUCUGAGCCCAGGGCCCUAACUUGGGCACGGCUGGCUCUGACCUACCUGUGGAGCGGUUUUCAGAGCAUGGCUCUCCUUCUAGCUCUUAUUUCCUGAGAGGAGCAGUCGGGGUGCUGUGUGGUCAGGGUGCUGGGUGGUCAGGGUGCUGGGUAGUCAGUUUUAUGUCUACGUGACACAGGCUAGAGUCAUCUGAGAGUGGAGAAUCUCAAUGAGGAAAUGCCUGCCUCCACAAGGUCAGGCUGUAGGUAGGCCUGUAGGGCAUUUUCUUUUCUUUCUUUUUUUUUUUUUUUUUUUUGGUUUUUUUUUUUUUGGAGCUGGGGAUCCAACCCAGGGCCUUGCGCUUCCUAGGUAAGCGCUCUACCACUGAGCUAAAUCCCCAGCCCCACAUUUUAUUUUCUUAAUUAGUGAUUGAUGAAGGAGGGCCCAAACCAUUGUAGGUGGGGCCACCCCUGGGCUGGUGGUCCUGAGUUCUAUAAGAAAGCAGGCUGAGGGCUGGAGAGGUGGCUCAGUGGUUAAGAGUCCCGACUACUCUUCCAGAGGUCCUGAGUUCAAUUCCCAGCAA